CAUCACCUUCAGCAUCCAUCAACUUCUCUGGUGGUGUUUGUUUCUUUAUUUCUUUCUUAUUUUUUUGCAGAAGGACUUGGACUCUCUGCAAAAAUGCAACUGGCCAUCAUCUUCAUAUGUCUGGCAGGCACAGCUUCAGCUGCACCAUCGGCCUUUCACUACCUGACUCAUUACACAGGACCCAGACAGCAGGUGCCGCCGCCACAGGUGCAGAAUCCCUUCGCAGCUGCUCAGCCUCUCCCACUAGCCGGAAUGGCUGGUGCUUAUAGCGUGGAACUAAUUUAUCCCCACAGUUUUCCUGGUGUGGCAGGUGGAUCGAACGCUGGCCAGUCCUAUCAUGGUUUCAUCAAAUACUCCAUUCCUCAGCCACCUGGCAGACAAAGUGUAGAAGUUUACUACCCCUAUGACUUCUCUCAGCAGAGGAUAAUCACAAACAUCCCACCAAUGACAAAUCGCCCUCAGGCUCUCCCCUUUGAAUAUCCUCCACAAAACGUUCCCAAUAUUCCCCAGCAAACCAUGAAUAUUCCAUCAUUUGAUGCCAAUCCUCUACCAUCCCAGGAUCCCCUGCAGUCUCUCCAGCAGGACCAGCCCAUACAGAUGCCAGCGAAGGUGUGAAGUGAAUGGGAGGCAUGAAAAGGAAGCAAGAAAGACUCUUUCUUCCUCCUUAGCAUCCAGAUGCCCACCGUGGAUUAAGAUUUAAAUGAUUAUGACUGAAUACCGGUUUCACAUAUUCUUACUGAAGUUUUAAAAAAAAUGCUAAAAUUAUCAAAAUAUAACUUUUUAUUAAGAAAACUGUUGCAAUAGUUAAAUGGCACAGUCAUCUGCAUAGAAUGAAAUAAAUUUCCAAGGACCCAUCUGCUUCACUUUGUAGUUGCUCUAGACUAACGAUAACUUAUCGUAGACUUGUAUAAACCUUCAGCAGCCAUCUUCUGUCCACCGUCAACUACAGAAUUAACUCUCAAUAGUAUUGUGGAAAUCACAGUAUCAAAGAAGUAUGCUGCACAUGUUUAUUAAUCAAUGUCUUUAAGUGUAAUUUUCUUUUAAGAAAUAAAGUCAACUUUUCCAAGCAA